AUGCGUUCCAAGUGGAAGUUGGUGUCUGCUCCCUUUAAGGAUAACAAGCUUUUUGGGGAGGUCCUGGAUCCGGUCCUAGUUGAAAACAAGGACAAAAGGAAAGUGAUGCCGUCGGUUACCAAGAAAUCCAACAAGAAGGGUUUUUACUCCUAUAGGAGGCAGCCCUUUCGGAACACGGAGUCCGCCUCCAGCUCCGCUCUGUCGCAGAAGCCCUUUAACCAGCAGUCAGAUAGGUCCCAAGAUAGCCAGUCUUUCUGGGACAGGCGUCACCAGCAGCACUAUUCCCAUCGCCCCUUUCGAGGGGGCUCUGGUUCUUACCCCUUCAGGAGGUGGUGGAUGUCUCCAGCCCUAACGAAGGGGUCCCCAUUCAAGGAGCCGAUCCGGCUCACCAUCAUGAUGGAUGCCGGCCUGUACGGUUGGGAGGCCCAUUUCCGCAAUCAGAUUGCUCAAGGCAGGUGGUCCUCGGCCGAGGCAUCACACAGCAUCAACUGGCUGGAACUGAGAGUGGUCCGGUUGGCCCUGAUUCACUUUCAGGUUGGCAUUCAGGGACAUCACCCUAAAAUUGCCAAAGCAAAAGGGGGGGAGCAGGAGAAGAAAGCCAUCCAUCCUUACAGCAGAAAAGCGGCUCAACUUACAAAAGAAGCACACAAACAGGUUAAAAAGGAAAAAUUGAAAAAUGAAAAAGCCUUUCGGCUCAGCAUUGUGGGUGAAAAAUUGCUGUGGUUUCAAUGUCACCUUGAUCCUGACAAAAUGGAAUACACAAAAAAAGAAGCUUCUGAAUUAGUAGAAAAUUAUUUGCAGCGAUUUCGUGAUGAGUUGGAACAGAUUGAACUGCACAACAGCAUUAAAGGCAGACAGUCCAGACAGCAUAGUUCCAGGGAAACCGUAAUCAAGCAGACCAUGGAACGUGAAAGACAGCAGUAUGAAAGCUAUGGCAUAGAAAUCCCUGACAUUGUAAACUGUAAACAUCUUCGAUAUUUCAGAGACUGGGAUGGUGACUUGAAGAAGCUACCAAAUAUUAAAAUGAGAAAGUUAUCCAGUAAAGAUCUCUCUCAAAAUAGAAUGGAGAGUGCAAACAUUGAAGCUGGAAAUGAACUGCCUGCCGCACAGGAUGUGGAUGAAAAAGAAAUUGCUGGGAUAUGUGAAACAGAUUGACAAACCAGUGUUUAAACUGGCAGCAAGAAACCUUCCUUUUAAUCAACCAAGAGUACCUGCGGUUCUGAUCACUAUGACAAUUUAUACUGCAGUUUAUAAUAUUGCAUUGCCUUUUUAAAAAACAGUGCAAUGUGGGUAAGGUUCAUAAAAAAUACUUGAUAUUAUAUUGAGAGAAUCAAUUCUGAUUAGUCUAAAAUAAUUAUUCUAAUUAGUCAUAAAAUGCAACAAAACAACAUUUAAAGGUCAUGAAGAAAAAGUCCAAUUUUUAACGUUGCAUCUCACCUACUACCUUCCCGCAGUUGUUCUUCAAGAGAAAGUACUGAUCUGAUUGUCAUUACAAUAGGAGCAAAGAUUUUUAGGGGUGAACUUAAAUGCAUCUUUCCAUACCCCAAGAGUGGCAACAUUUUUUAAUAGUGCAUUCUGGCAUUAUUCCUUCCUGAAGAAGCUGAAGAUUGGAAGCAUAGCGCAUAAUAUCACUUGAGAGGUUGGGAUUAAAAAAUGUGGUCUAAAUUUUGCAGCAGGUACAGGUGAAACUCGAAAACUUAGAAUAUCAUGCAAAAGUUCAUUUAUUUCAGUAAUGCAACUUAAAAGGUGAA